AUGUCGGCCAAGCAGCUAGCGCUGACACUGACAUGCGCGCUCAGCCUGCUUUCCGCACAUGCGACUGCAGGGACGGACAUUCUGGCACCCUCGGUCUCGCUGAAACAAUGCCUAAAUAAUACUGGAGUGACGGCGGUAUACCCCAGCGACUUAGACUACGAGGUACUAUCACGCCCGCAGAAUGCCAACUAUCAGCCACAUCCAGGGGUGAUCGUGAUGCCCACGUCGUCCGAAGAAGUAGCAGCUAGCGUACGCUGUGUAGCUGCUGAGAACGGGAACGUCAAGCUCAGCACUCGCGGAGGAGGUCAUAGCUAUGCUGCGUACAGCUUCUCGGGUGAGGUAGUUAUUGAUUCCAGCCGGAUGAGAGAGAUCAGUUUCGACGAUGACAGGAGGGAAGUCACGGUGCAAUUUGGUCAAACAUUGGGUCCAUUGGCGGUUGCGAUGGGUCAGAAGGGAUAUGCCCUCCCACAUGGGACGUGUCCUGGAGUCGGAAUUGCAGGCCAUUCCUUAGGUGGAGGCUGGGGGUUCACGUCGCGUAAAUGGGGAUGGCUUGUUGAUCGUAUCGUGUCGCUAGAAUUCGUUGAUGUUGAAGGCAAUAUCAAGCUGCUAAACUCUAGCUCAGUUGGUAUGGAUGGAGAGUUGUGGUGGGCAUUGAGAGGAGCGGGAGCUAACAAUUUCGGCAUUGUGACUUCAUUUACGUAUGUUCUGGAGGCUGCCCCCACUGCAGUUGUGAACUAUGGAAUCAGCUUCUCGUCCAAGUCUUCCUGUGCAGGCGUGCUAUUGGCAGUCCAGGAGUUAGGCUCUAUCUCUGCCAACGAUGCCGAGGGCCUUCCGGUCGAGCUGGGCGGGCAGGUUAUUAUACCUGACGCAAAUACUUGCACAUUUACUGGGCAGUAUUUGGGAGAACGCGCCUCAUUUCUGCCAGUACUCGAUAGAUUAUUAGGUAAACUUGCAGACCGCGGAAUUGAGCCAGUCAAUUCUAUGUCCUCCAUCAAAGAGUUCAAUGACUGGAUCGCGGCUCUCACAGACCUGAUGGGCUCUUUGGAUGAGCCCAGCCUUCCCGAACCAUAUUACGCUCAGUCCCUAGUGGACGAUGGUGCCCCCAAUUAUACGUCCAACCAAGCGGAGCUCAUCAUUGACGCUAUUGAAGACGCAAAACUCGCCAAACCUACAGAGAGCCAUGUUUCCUUUGAUUUGAAUGGACCAGGCUCAAAAACUAACCUUGGACCGACAUUCGGCGAUACAUCGUUCAUUCAUCGCGAGAGCUUGUUCCUUAUCCAAAUUUUCUCAUCUAAGUUUCCUGGCUUCAACGCUACAGAUGCCCGUGAUCAAGGACUCCGGAGAAUUACCAACAUUGCAGACACUAUCAAACAAGCUAAGCCGAGUGGCCAGUGGCACGCCUAUCAGAAUUAUAUUGAUCCCAAUCUGGAUGAGUUCGGGCAGGCGUACUAUGGUGCGAAUCUAGAACGUUUGAAGUCGCUCAAGGCCAUCGCAGAUCCAGAUACGGUAUUCGAUUUCCCGAAGGGGCUAGGGCAUGCAUGA